AUGGGGGCACUAGAAGAAAAAGUGGAAGCACUUCUGAAGUUAUCUCAACAGAAUGUAGAGGACAGGAAUUCAAAUGCUAUUACUCCUCAGGGUACACCAUUGCUAGCAGGACUUGCUACUGCUGCUACCGCUUAUGCUGGUAGAUAUGGCAUUCAGGCCUGGCAAGCAUUCAAAGCAAGACCACCAACUGCUAGAAUGCUUAAAUUUUAUGAAGGAGAUAAGAAAGAUGUCUGGCAAGCUAUGCCAAAUAGUAGCUUGUUGAAGCUUGGUGAACUUCAAAUUCAUGUUCAAAGCUUGGCUUGUUCAUACCAUUAG